AUGUUAUUCAUUCUUAUAAUAUAUGUUCUUUUACUUAUUCGAUUAUCGAUCGGUGAUCAAUGUCCAUCAUCUGAUUCAUGUACAUGUUCAUCUGAUUUAACGAUUAUAAAAUGUACUGAUCAUCAAUUAACCAAUGAAAUAUUAUUUAAUAUCAAUAAUCAAUUACCUGAAUCAACUAUCCUAUUAAAUCUUUCAUCAAAUUCUUUAACAACAAUUGAAUUUUUAUCAAAUUUAAAUCAUCUUCAAAUACUUGAUUUAUCUUAUAAUAAAAUUCAUUAUAUUCCAACUGAUUUCUUAUCAAAAUUUCCUCAUCUAACAACAUUAUAUCUUCAAAAUAAUUCAUUAAAAACAAUUCCAAAAACUUUUAAAAAAUAUACAAAUAUAAAUAUUGAUCUAUUAAAUAAUCCAUUCUAUUGUACAUGUCAAUCAAAAUGGUUUCAAACACAUAAUCAAUUAAAAAAUAUUAUUUGUCAAAAUAAUAAACCAUUUGAUGAAAAUGAUUUUUGUCGUAUUAAAAAUUUUCUUGAAAUUUAUCCACAACAAGCACAAAUGAUCUAUGAAAAUGAACCAUUUAUAUUGAAUUGUUCAUCAAAUUCGAAACAUUAUUGGACAUUAAAUGAUAAAAUUUAUCCAUCUACUAUUGCAUCAUCAUUAUAUUCAGCUAUAAUUAUUGAUCAUUUACAGAUAAAACAUUCUGGAAUAUGGACAUGUCAUAAUUUUAAUUCAAAUCGUUCAAUAUCUUUAACUGUUCUACAAACUUCAUCGAAUCAUUUUUGUCCAUCAAUACGAAUGAAUACAUCGAAAGGUUACUUUCAUUGGCCACGUACAUUAAUUAAUAACAAAAUUGAAAAGAAAUGUCCAUUUGGUUCGGCAGCAUGGUUAAGAAAUUCGAAUGAAUAUGCACGAGCAUGGUAUAUGUGUUCAUCGAGUGGAGAUUGGAUGAAUUUAGAUGUCUCACAAUGUGCAUUUCAAUCAAAUAUAUCAAGAAUAUUUGAUCGUUUAUCAUUAACUGAAACGAAUUUAUUAUUGCGUAUAAUAAAAUAUUUAUCAAAAAUUGAUAAAAAUAAUUUAGAAUUAUUUGAUAUUAUUUUAUUAAUUGAUUUAAUUGAUGAACAACAAGUUAAAUAUAAAAAUCAAGAUAGAAUUAUGUUAAUUUAUCAUUUAACAGAUUUUAUUUUACAAAUUAAACAUAAUUUUAUGCAUUUUCGUGAAUAUCGAAUGGCUUUAACAAGAUUAAGAUUAAUAAUUGAACGUCUAUUAGAUUUUACAGAUCAACCUUGGUUAUAUAUUGGAAAAGAAUUAACUGCUAUGACAAUGCAAGCACCACUAUCAUUAACGUCAUGUGUUAUACCUGAUCGAUCACUAUUAACAAUUAUUUGUGAACCUGACGAUCAUCAUCAACAUCAAUCUCCAUUAAUGACAAUUCAAUUUCCUUCUAGUUUAAAUAAAACAAAUCAAAAUUCUUUCUAUUAUAUUAUAUUCUAUCGUCAAUCUACAUUAUUUGCAUCUGAUAACAUGCAAAAUAAUGAUCUUAAUCCAGCUAUUUAUAUACGACCAGUAUCAAGAUAUAGUUCAUAUCCAAUUAAAUUAACAUUUUACGGUCAAGCAAAUCAAGCAUCAAUUGGAAUUUGGUAUUUAAAUCAAACAUCAUGGCAAAUAAAAUCAUCUAUUUGUAAAAUAAACGAACAGAAUAAUAAUUUAAUCUCAACCGAUUGUGUUCUAUUUAAUAAUAAUUCGUUAUCAUUAACUUAUCUUGAUGAUAUAAAUAAUCAGAAGAAUUUAUUUUUUAAUACAAAAUAUUCACAAUUAACUAUAUAUGUUUCAUCUAUACUUGCAACAAUAUGUUUUUUUAUUUCGAUUAUUUUCUAUAUCUGUUUUUACAAAAUUUAUCAAAUACCAAGACGUUUCUUUCAUUGUCUAAUUAAUUAUUGGCUUAAUCUUGGUAUUUUAAUAUCAUUAUUUGCAUUUGGUAUACAACAAAAUCAACAUCCAUUUUUAUGCGAAUUUAUUUCAAUUUGUCUCCAUUUUCUUUGUUUAACAACUAUACUUUGGUUAACAUUAUUAUCUUUUUCGAUUUGGAGAAAACUUUAUCUUAUAUCAACAGAUAAAGAUUACCAUGAAAAGUCAGCAGUAAUGAUGGUUGAUUAUGAUGAUGUUAGUUUACCAAUUAUGAAAUUAAAAUCGAAACCCGUUAUUCAAUUCUAUUUAAUAGCAUAUGGAUUAGCAUUCAUUAUUUGUGGUGCUAAUGUUAUUACAUCGCGUGAACCACAUCUAACAAAUAAAAUAUGUUUUUCAAAUCAUUUUGAUUCUAUGUUACUUUUAAUUAUACCAAUAUUUAUGUUUAUUUUUCUUUCACUUAUAUUCCUUUUAAUUUCUCGUAAUUAUAUCAAACAAAUAACAAAGAAAAAAAUACAUUUACCGAAUUUAUCGGAUGAAUCCGGAAUUAAUUCUGAACAUAUUUUACUAUCAAAACGAAAUAAAAUUUUACCACUUAUAAUUCCAUCAAAUCAAAAUAAUCAACAAAUCAUAUCAAAUAUUAAACAUUAUAAUUCACAUUCAGAUAAUAUAUAUUCAACAAAUAUAGAUUAUCGUUAUGAAUCAAUUAAUCAAUUAUUAUCAAUAUUAUGUCAAUUAAUUCUUCUGAUAUUUUUAUUUUUAUCAAGUUUAGCUAUUUAUCUUCAACCAUUACAAACAUUUAAAUUACGUUUUGAAAAUGUUAUUUACAGUCAUUUAUAUGGAUUUUUUGUUUUAUUUCUUGCAUUCUAUAUACUUUCAUAUCAUGUUUUAUCACGUUCAAAUUUAAUAACACGAUUUUAUACACAUCGAAAUAAUGAUGAUAAUUUAAUAAAUCGAUUUUAUAUUAAACCACCACCAUCAUCAUCAAUAAAUACAAUGAUUAUUAAAGAUUUCGAUACUCCUUCAUCUACAGAUGGAUUAUCUCUAUCACCACCAUCUCAUACCUGUUCAUUAACAAAUCGAGAUGUUUGUCAAGUACAACAACAUACGGAAAGAACAACAAUAAAUAAUAAUGAUACUUAUGAUUCAAAACCUCUUAUGAAAAUAAAAUCAGAACAUUAUGCAUUUUAUCGUCAUAUACCAAAAACAAAUGCAACAAGUUCAUCGAAAAAACUUCCACUAUUUCCAGCAUUAGAUGUAAUAGUACAUGAGAAUAUUAAUAAAUAUCAAUCUCAACGUAAUUCACUCAAUGAACGAUCAUUAAAAAAAUCAACAUAUAGUCCAGUAGAAUCACUUACAACAGAAACUAGAACUACUCAAUUGUCUUCGUCUUCUUUUCCUUCAUGUCAGUCGUUUACUUAUCCACGAAUAUCUCCAUCUCAAGCGAUUAUUCGUCCAUUACCAAUCACUCGUCUUCAUACAUUAAGUACAUCGAAAAAUCUUUCAAAAUCCUCAAAUAUAACUCAAUCAAAUAGUAUUUUAAAUCCAUCCUAUGAACAAAAUACUAUAAAUACAACCAGUCAAAAUUCUACUCAUAUAAUGUCUUCAAUUUCACAUGAAGAAGAAGAACAUCAUAAUGCAUAUGUUUCAUUAAAUAAACUUGAUCAUUUUAUACAACAAGAAUCAGCAAAUGAAAAAUUAUUAAUUCAAAGAAAUUCUCCUUAUGAAUAUGUUCAAGUUGGUUAUAUUGAUGAUGUUGAUGAUGGUAGUGUUUCUCUUAAAAUCUCAAGGUGUGAUUCAAAUGGAUCAUUAAAUACGAUAUCAACUGUAAAAGAUGAUACACAAACAUUAUUAUCAUUAUCAUCAACAAAUUCAGAAAAUGAUUUUAAUAUUGAUAUAAAUCAAAUAAAAUUACAUGAAAGCACUGUAUAA